AUGCCUUUCCGGCUAGCUUAUCGCACCAGGUGCGUGUUCCAGCAUGCUGCUGCUGCCGCUGCUGCUGCACCUAGUUCCGUCGGACGCGUUUCUUUGGCCAGCAACGUCCGCCUUCCAAGCUGCACGGUUGGAGAUCACAAGUCAGUGGCAGUUCUCCCCAAGAUCCUAGCCAAUGGUUUCUCGACAACCACCAGUCGCUCGAAAGCCGAGCCCGAUUUUUCCACAACCAAGACUAGAGCAAAGACAACAAGGAGUGCUGCGGGGGAGAAAGCCAAGCCCAAGCCCAAGCCCAAGCCCAAGCCCAAGCCCAAGCCCAAGAAGAAGCAGCCGUCAGAGGCUCAGAUUGAGCGAGAGAGGGUCGCUGCUAUACGCAGGGAGAUGAAGGAGCUCAAGGCAGCCGCGCUGGAACCGCCAAAGAAGUUGCCCAUGUCGUACUUCCCGCUGGCGGUCGUCGAUAAGCUGCCGGAGGCCCGAAAUCUGACCGAGAAUGGCAAGGAGGCCUUCAAGAAGGCGAUUGAGCUUGCGCGAAACAUUUCCCCCGAAGAACGAGAGCGACUUGUUGCUGCUGGAUUGUCCAACAAGGCUGCAAACGCCACUGCCUACAACGAGUGGAUCAAGAGGCAUACGCCGCUCCAGAUCAAGGAAGCCAACGCGGCGCGAGCGCGGCUGAGGAAGAUGGGAGAGAAAGCGGUGCCGCUGACCGACGACCGGCUGGUCAAGCGACUGCGUAACAGCUUCCAGUUCUACAUGCAGGAGAGGAAGGAGAGUGGAGAUUUCCGACACAUGUCUGUGUUGGAUAUCACGUCCCGGGCUGCGGAGGAGUGGAAGGGUCUCACCGCGUCGGAGAAGCAGGAACAAGACCGAGAGCGCUAUUACCGGGAGUACCUGGCCACGUAUGGCAUGGAGCCUCUCUAUGUCAAGGAAGAAAGCGCUUGA